CCCUGAUGAGUUGAGUCCCCUCCCCAACCCCUCCUCUCCCAGCGUAGCCAGGUGGGAUGUUCCAGAUGUGUGUCCUCUUAUCUCUGCUCACCCUCUCUGGCUACACCCAGGUCUCCUCGGCUAAAUCUCUGAAGCUCCUGAUGGAACAAUGGACGAGCUACAAGAACCAGUGUUCUCAGAGCAUCGUCGCCACGCCUCCCGCCACAGGACUGGUGUGUAACAGGACGUUUGACCAGUAUGCCUGCUGGCCAGAUGGACUUCCUGGAACAACAGUCAAUGUUUCCUGUCCAUGGUACCUGCCCUGGUACCGCAAAGUCCAGCAGGGUGUGGUGUAUAGAGUGUGCAGUGGGGACGGACGCUGGGCCCCAAAGAACACCAGUGAGUGUGAGCAGGACGACCCAGGACAGCAGCACUAUGGUAGCAUCCUCAGUAAGUUCCGGGCCAUGUACACAGUGGGCUACUCCCUCUCCCUCGGAGCCCUGGUACUGGCUUUGGGCAUCCUGGUAUCAUUCAGGAAGCUCCACUGUAUGAGGAACAACAUCCAUAUGAAUCUGUUUUCCUCCUUCAUCCUGCGUGCUGUCUCCAUCCUGAUUAAAGAUGUCCUGCUAGACUCCCUGUCCAUUUUACCCCAUUCUUCCACCAAGGCACAAGCAAGGUCAUGGUUGAGAUUGCCUACGGUUGCCGGGUGCCGUAUCGCCAUGGUGAUGAUGCAGUACAGCGUCAUCGCCAACAACUAUUGGCUGCUGGUGGAAGGCAUCUACCUGCACAGCCUCCUGGUCGUCACUGUGUUCACUGAGAGGAACUACUUCGGCAUCUACCUGUUUAUCGGCUGGGGUGCUCCUCUGAUAUUCGUGUUGCCGUGGGUGAUAGUCAAAUACCUGUACGAGAAUGAAGAGUGCUGGGAGAGGAACAUCAACAUGGGUUACUGGUGGAUUAUACGUUCUCCCAUCCUGUUAGCUUACCUGAUGAAUUUCUUUAUCUUCAUCCGGAUUAUAAAGAUCCUGAUGUCGAAGCUCAAGGCCCAUCAGAUGAGAUACACAGAUUACAAGUUCAGGCUGGCUAAAUCCACUCUGACCCUCAUCCCUCUGCUGGGUAUUCACGCCAUCCUCUUCACCUUAGUCAUCGAUGAGUCCGUCCCCAAAGGUUCCAAGAUGCGUCUCAUCCGCCUCUUCUACGACCUCCUCUUCAACUCCUUCCAGGGCCUACUGGUGGCCAUCUUGUAUUGUUUCGUCAACAAAGAGGUCCAGUCUGAGAUGUUGAAAAAGUGGAAGAGGUGGAAGCUGGGUAAAGACAUCGAGGAAGAGUACCGUCAUACAUACAGCCACGCGCCUCAUGUCAAAAGUGGCAGCAUCGUCACCGGCAACCUGGCCGGUGUCCAAGACAACAGCAGCGACCCUAAAGACUCACAGUUGACCCCCAACCCCGACUACGACCCAGAUCCUAACCCUGCCUCAACCUCCAUCACCCCCAAUGAGAGCAGUAGAUUGGUGGGGUCCUGCCACCACAGGACGGAUAAAACAAAGACUCAAUCCUCCCUGCAGUGUCCCUCCACACCACAUGGUGGCACUAACAACUGCAGCACUCUGAUGGAGGACAUUUGUCUGGAGGAGAGGGCUCAGAGUUAUACACGCCCAGAGGAGGGCGCCGAAAGCAACUUCUGACCAACGGGGGAAGACCAUUUUAUUUGAUUUAUUUUACCUUUAUUUUACUAGGCAAGUCAGUUAAGAACAAAUUCAACAAAGCCUGUUCAGGGGCAGAACGACAGAUUUGUACCUUGUCAGCUCGGGGAUUUGAACUUGCAACCUUUCGGUUACUAGUCCAACGCUCUAACCACGAGGCUACCCUGCCGCUACAUCCCUGGCCUAUGGAUAAAUUGAUUGGUUGAUUGAUAGAUUGAUUGGUUGAUUGAUAGAUUGAUUGGUUGAUUGAUAGAUUGAUUGGUUGAUGGAUAGAUUGAUUGGUUGAUUGAUAAAUUGAUUGGUUGAUUGAUUGAUAGAUUGCUAAAGUGUUCUGGUGUAGAAAGAGACAACACACCUACUGGAGGGGACCGUUAGCGCACAGCAGGUCCAGAUCCUAUGGAUUGAUUGGUUGAUUGGUUGAUUGGUUGAUUGAUUGAUUGAUUGGUUUGUUGAUUGAUUGGUUGAUUACAGGUCCAGAAGACUUGUUGGUCUGAAAAUAUGAAACAUUUUACUGUUUAUUUUUUUGGACCAUAUUUUGACCCCACGGGAUUGAUCACAUCCCCCACUGUGUUCAGGUUGACAAGGACUACUGCUAAAGGGAAACUAGCAGGCCUGCUAGCUGUGUUCAGGUUGACCACUGCUAAAGGGAAACUAGCAGGCCUGCUAGCUGUGUUCAGGUUGACCACUGCUAAAGGGAAACUAGCAGGCCUGCUAGCUGUGUUCAGGUUGACUACUGCUAAAGGGAAACUAGCAGGCCUGCUAGCUGUGUUCAGGUUGACUACUGCUAAAGGGAAACUAGCAGGCCUGCUAGCUGUGUUCAGGUUGACUACUGCUAAAGGGAAACUAGCAGGCCUGCUAGCUGUGUCCAUGUGUACGACCGCUAACCAAACGCUACCCUCGCUCAACAACUCCCUGGCUGUGCUCCGGGUUCUCCUGCCCUUUUCUAGAAGUGUGUACUAGCACCCCGUCAAUCAUUUAAAGGAUUGGUGUAGCUUCACAUUGGCUGGAGGUAAUGACCCACCAUUUUCAGAUGCAUGUGAGGAAGUCCACACUGUGUGUCCCUGUUCUCUACUGCUACUGAGAGAUUCACUUGUCCUCUAUGUCUUUGUGAGUGUGGCCCAAACGGAGCCCUAGUCCCUAUAUAGUGCACUAUUUUAGACCAGGACCCUAUUGUAUAUAGUACACUACUUUAGUCCAGAACCCUAUUGUAUACAGUACACUACUUUAGACCAGAACCCUAUUGUAUAUAGUACACUACUUUAGACCAGAACCCUAUUGUAUAUAGUACACUACUUUAGACCAGAGCACUAUUCCCUAUAUACUACACUACUUUAUACCAGAACCCUAUUGUAUAUAGUACACUACUUUAGACCAGAACCCUAUUGUAUAUAGUACACUACUUUAGACCAGAGCACUAUUCCCUAUAUACUACACUACUUUAGACCAGAGCCCUAUUCCCUAUAUAGUGCACUACUUUAGACCAGAGCCCUAUUCCCUAUAUAGUGCACUACUUUAGACCAGAGCCCUAUUCCCUAUAUAGUGCACUACUUUAGACCAGAGCCCUAUUCCCUAUAUAGUGCACUACUUUAGACCAGAGCCCUAUUCCCUAUAUAGUGCACUACUUUAGACCAGAGCCCUAUUCCCUAUAUAGUGCACUACAUUAGACCAGAGCCCUAUUCCCUAUAUAGUGCACUACAUUAGACCAGAGCCCUAUUCCCUAUAUAGUGCACUACAUUAGACCAGAGCCCUAUUCCCUAUAUAGUGCACUACAUUAGACCAGAGCCCUAUUCCCUAUAUAGUGCACUACAUUAGACCAGAGCCCUAUUCCCUAUAUAGUGCACUACAUUAGACCAGAGUCCUAUUCCCUAUAUAGUACACUACAUUAGACCAGAGCCCUAUUCCCUAUAUAGUGCACUACAUUAGACCAGAGCCCUAUUCCCUAUAUAGUGCACUACAUUAGACCAGAGUCCUAUUCCCUAUAUAGUGCACUACAUUAGACCAGAGUCCUAUUCCCUAUAUAGUGCACUACAUUAGACCAGAGUCCUAUUCCCUAUAUAGUGCACUACAUUAGACCAGAGUCCUAUUCCCUAUAUAGUGCACUACAUUAGACCAGAGCCCUAUUCCCUAUAUAGUGCACUACAUUAGACCAGAGCCCUAUUCCCUAUAUAGUGCACUACAUUAGACCAGAGUCCUAUUCCCUAUAUAGUGCACUACAUUAGACCAGAGCCCUAUUCCCUAUAUAGUGCACUACAUUAGACCAGAGCCCUAUUCCCUAUAUAGUGCACUACUUUAGACCAGAGCCCUAUUCCCUAUAUAGUGCACUACUUUAGACCAGAGCUCUGUAUAGUGCAUAGGGUGCCAUAUGAAAGCUCAGCGCUGUGGUUCUGUAUGACCCUCAGCAGCCACCGUACUUCACUGUUGGCUUGCACGGUUUAGUUUAGUUCAGCACGUUCCUACCAAAACAACCAUGGACACGUCUUGUUGAUAACAUCAUAACUAAACCUAUUACAUAUUAUAGAUCUAAUCCGUGGCAAAAUAAGUCACAAUUACAAAGAUUUACACACAGAGAGACACGCACACACAGACACACACACACACACAGAGAGAGAGACACACACACACACACACACACACACACACACACACACACACACACACACACACACACACACACACACACACACACACACACACACACACACACACACACACACACACACACACAGAGAGAGACACACACACACACGCACACACAGAGAGACACACACACGCACACACACGCACACACAGAGAGACACACACACGCACACACAGAGAGACACACACACACACACACACACAGAGAGACACACACACACACACACAGAGAGACACACACACACACACACACAGAGAGACACACACACACGCAUGCACACGCAGACACGCACACACACACACGCACACACAGAGAGACACACACACACGCACAGAGAGACACACACACACGCACACACAGAGAGACACACACACACACGUUCCUGCCAGAGCGUUCUAUCUCUGCCCUCUCAGGCCAGGACAGGACCAGAUCAGAACACCCCAGAGAACCGACUCAGCUGUGGAACAACGGGACAUUCUAGAAUGUUGCCAGGUCUGUCUGGCAUUCAGACAGACAUUUCUGGAACCCCAGAGGAUUAUGGGACUGUGGAGGACUGGACCUCUCACUCUCUCUCUGAGAGGAUUAUGGGUAGUUUGUUUGGGUGCAAUUUGUUUUGGAGUGAAUAUUGAGUUUCACCAUGAACUGUUGGCCCCAUUUGAGUGGACAGACAGAGAAACAGACAGACUCACAGACAGAGAAACAGACAGAUUCACAGACAGAGAAACAGACAGAUUCACAGACAGAGAAACAGACAGACUCACAGACAGAGAAACAGACAGACUCACAGACAGAGAAACAGACAGACUCACAGACAGAGAAACAGACAGACUCACAGACAGAGAAACAGACAGACUCACAGACAGAGAAACAGACAGACUCACAGACAGAGAAACAGACAGACUCACAGACAGAGAAACAGACAGACUCACAGACAGAGAAACGGACAGACUCACAGACAGAGAAACAGACAGACUCACAGACAGAGAAACAGACAGACUCACAGACAGAGAAACAGACAGACUCACAGACAGAGAAAUGGACAGACUCACAGACAGAGAAACAGACAGACUCACAGACAGAGAAACAGACAGAGAAAUGGACAGACUCACAGACAGAGAAACAGACAGACUCACAGACAGAGAAACAGACAGACUCACAGACAGAGAAAUGGACAGACUCACAGACAGAGAAACAGACAGACUCACAGACAGAGAAACAGACAGACUCACAGACAGAGAAACAGACAGACUCACAGACAGACUCACAGACAGACUCACAGACAGAGAAACAGACAGACUCACAGACAGAGAAAUGGACAGACUCACAGACAGAGAAACAGACAGACUCACAGACAGACUCACAGACAGAGAAACAGACAGACUCACAGACAGAC